AUGCAGCGCUGGAAGGCAGCGGCCCUGGCCUCGGUGCUCUGCAGCUCUGUGCUCUCCAUCUGGAUGUGUCGGGAGGGCCUGCUCCUCGGCCACCGCCUCGGACCUGCGCUGGCCCCCUUGCGCCGGCCACCUCGCACCCUGGACGCCCGAAUCGCCCGUCUGGCCCAGUACCGUGCACUGCUGCAGGGCGCCCCGGACGCGGUGGAGCUUCGAGAACUGACGCCCUGGGCCGGGCGGUCCCCUGGUCCGCGCCGUCGGGCGGGGCCCCGGCGGCGACGCGCGCGUGCGCGGUCGGGGACACGGCCGUGCGGGCUGCGCGAGCUCGAGGUCCGCGUGAGCGAGCUGGGCCUGGGCUACGCGUCCGAAGAGACAGUGCUGUUCCGCUACUGCGCAGGCGCGUGCGAGGCGGCCGCGCGCGUCUACGACCUGGGGCUGCGGCGCCUGCGCCAGCGGCGGCGAGUGCGGCGCGAGCGUGUGCGCGCUCAGCCGUGCUGCCGCCCGACGGCCUACGAGGACGAAGUGUCCUUUUUGGACACGCACAGUCGCUACCACACGGUCCACGAGCUGUCGGCGCGGGAGUGCGCCUGCGUGUGA